AUGUCUCUACGUUUAGGAAGUAUUGCACCAGAUUUUACGGCUCAAUCUACCAAGGGUGUGAUUGAAUUUCAUAAACAAAUUGAAGGUUCUUGGGCGAUUUUAUUUUCCCACCCUGCCGACUUCACCCCGGUUUGUACUACAGAACUUGGAGAAGUGGCUCGCCGUUCUUCAGAUUUUGCCAAACGUGGUGUAAAAAUUUUCGGACUUUCGGCAAAUGAAUUGAAAGAUCACGAAAAAUGGGUUGAUGAUAUUAAUGAAGUGAAUAAUGUUAAUGUUGACUUCCCAAUUAUCGCUGAUGGUGAACGAAAGGUUGCUACAUUAUAUGAUAUGUUGGAUCACCUUGAUGACACCAACGUUGAUCAAAAGGGAAUUCCAUUCACUGUCAGAAGCGUUUUCAUUAUCGAUCCUAAAAAGGUUAUUCGUUUGAUGAUCACCUAUCCUGCUUCAACUGGCCGCAACUUUGAUGAAAUCAUCCGUGUUAUUGAUUCUCUUCAACUUGGUGACAAGCAUCGUAUCACCACUCCUGCUAACUGGAAGAAGGGUGAUGAUGUUAUUGUUCAUCCUGGCGUUUCCAAUGAAGAAGCGGAAAAAAUUUUCCCUGGUUUCAGAACCGUUAAACCUUACCUUCGAUUCACCAAUUCACCAAAGUCACCUUUCUAA